UUGGAAACGGAAGGUGGAAUUGUCAUUUGCCGGGGACCCGUGUUCACGCGUAUAAUAGCCACUUCAAUGGUGGAAGCGGUGACACCAAGAACAAUAUGGUCUCCUGCUUUGGAUUUGUGAUGACAUACAAUGAAGAGACCGGUCAGUUUUCGGUGACAUCCCAAAACCAGGAUGCAUCCAAAAAGGUUUUGGGCACUCUGCCUGGCGAUUACGCAAACACAAUCGUUGGCCGAGCAGAGUAUGUUAACCCGUUAGAGCACUCAAGAAAUAACAGAGAGGGUUUGAUGAGCAUUGUCCAGGCGCCCUGCACAGUGAAGUGGUCCAACUCCUACCAGAUCGAUCCUUCUGUCGAAGGCGGACAGUGCCUUUACUUCGUUGGCGCAUCAGCAGGCGACAUUUUUGUGACGUUCGCUGCCAUUCCAAGGGACACGACAACAUGGUUCCACCUCCAGAUAGGUCUACAAGGAGUGGCGCUUUAUAAGGGGAUGAAGCUGGUGAAAUAUGAGGGAGCGAAGCAUGCUCGGGGCCUGGGGGCCUCAAAUCUGUUUCAACCAUACUUCAUUUGCCUGGAUGAGGAAACCAGCAAAACCUACAUCAAAUAUGGAAUCGGAUCUGACACGAAAAAGGCGUGGUCUACAUGGUCUACACUGACCUCAACCCACCAUUAG